CGGGUGAACUAAGAUCCACGUCUUGACAGCAAGAUUCGCAGAAUCGUGGCUUUUUGUGCAGAAAAUAUGCUUCUGUACGUUUUUGCAUGGUUCGGAGUUUUGAGCUUCGCGGUGUGCGCUCUCAAGUUGCUUUGGAACAUCUGGUGUGGAUUUCGUUUCUAUAUUCUGUCGAUGGUUUGGAAGACUGAUCUGAAGCCGUUUGGAAAAUGGGCAGUUGUCACAGGAGCUACAGCAGGAAUUGGUGAAGCCUACGCACAUGAGUUAGCCAGACGUGGUUUGAAUAUUGUUUUAAUCAGUCGCAAUAUGAAGAAGCUGAAGAAUGUGGCUGCGGAAAUAAAAAGGCAACAUAACAGAGACACCCAGAUCAUUCAAGCAGACUUCACAGAGGGUCUUUCUCUUUAUGAUAGCAUUGAAGAGCAGCUGAAAGGACUAGAAAUUGGAAUUUUAGUCAACAAUGUGGGGAUGACAUAUGCAAUUUCGUUUGCCCGGUUCCUUGACACUUCUAAUCCAGCUAAGAAAAUAACUGAGAUACUCAACUGUAACAUCCUCUCCACAACCCAGAUGAGCAGAAUAGUUUUGCCCCAGAUGAUCCAAAGGAAAAAAGGUCUAAUAAUAAAUUUAUCUUCUGAAACGGCUUCAACUCCUUUUCCGAUGAUUAACAUGUACGCCAGCACUAAGAUUUUUAUUAACUAUUUUUCAGAAGCUCUGAAUGCAGAAUAUAUGGACAAAGGAAUUAUUGUCCAGUGUGUAAUGCCAUUUUUUGUUUCUACCAAUAUGACAUACAAAAUGAGGACAAACUUGUUUGUAAAGGAUGCUAAUGCAUUUGCGAAUGAAGCCCUCAACACUGUGGGAUACACCACUUUAACCAGUGGCUGCCUGUCCCAUGCCUUACAGCAUGCUGUCUUCAACUUUUUCCUGCCUGAUUGGGUCCGUCUCUCUUCCUUCAGUAUGAGGAUGUUGGAUAAAUAUGAACAGCAUCAAAGGCCCAUCCUUCAGGAAAGGAUAAGGAAGAUGAAGAAAGAGGAGUGAAAAUGUGUCUGAUAUACUUGCCUUCUUGUCUCUUUUUAUACUGAUAUUGUCUUCUCUAUAUUUUAAGUUCACCAUGUGUUCAGCAAGAAUCUUUACUAUGAAGGUCACAUCUGUAGACCUGAAAAUAGAUAUAAGGAAGUUAGGUAUUCUGAUAGUGAUCUACAGCAUAUACAGCUGUGAAGAUAUAUCGCAGUAAGCAGUUAAAAAUAUUUGGGGACUUUUGACAUCAUGCAAACAGAUUCACUCAGGCAAACAGUGUCAGUAUCAUGAUGGGUGGGGAGGUUUCGAGGGGUUUAGCCAUUUCUAGAAAUUCUAAAGCAAUUCCUAGCCCUACAUCAAAGCCACUAUCUAUGAUAUUAUUAGACUGCAACAGGCACAAUUAAAUGUUAUUUUUUCACAAAUUCACGGCCAAACCUAUAUUUAGUUUAAAACUAAAUAUAUUUAUCCUCAAAAUAAAACUUUGGCCUUUGACCUUUGUCAAAAACCUUCUGGUGCUGCACCUGCAGGCACACCAUUGUGUUCUUCCCAGUUGUCCAAAGUAUGUGUGGCCUUUUUCUGUAGGUAAUCCAGUUUUCCUCCAUCUUCCCAAAGAUUUGCAGUAGAUCAGUUGAACACAGCAGACUGGCCCAAAGUGACGGUGUGAUUAUGUGCAAGUGUGUCCUGUGACGGACUGGUGCUUCAGUCCCGAUGUCUACGGACUGAAUCAAUCAGUUUUGAGAAUGUAUGGAUGGAUAGGAACUGAAUGAACCAAAUGCAUGGACAGCCAGUUGACAAUCGUACUGCACUGCUCUCUUGGCCCAUGCUACUCUCUCAUUCAACUGCUGGCUACACAGUGCCUAUAAAAGUAUCCACUCUCUUGAUAGCUCUCACACGUUAUUAUUACACAACAUUGAAUCACAGUGAAGUUCAUUUUGCUUUUUUGACACAAGCCAACAGGAAAAAAACUCAAACUGAAAACUGAUCUCUUCAAUGUGGCCUAAAUUAAUCUUAUACAUAAAGCAGACUGUAAUAGCCUUGUGGUCUUGUAUGUAUGUUAUCAUCCAGUUGACGCUCGGAACAUUUCUGGUGUGCUCUGUAAAAGCAACCAACAGUUUUGUCAUGAAAAAUCCGUAGUAUUAUUUGUUUGUCGCUUAAUGUUUGUUUUUGUUAACUAUAUUUUCAUCUUGCAUUAUUCUUAUUGUAACAAUGUUGUAGUGAUAGUAAAAUUAAAUCAACCUAAUAAUAAUAUUAAUUUAAUUGACGUUUUUUCUUUCGUCAUCAAAAAUUCUACAUCUAAAAACUUAUUACUGUACCAGAAAACAAAAAUUAAUCUGUCAAAAAACCUUAAAAGGCUUUGCUUUUCCCAUCAUUUUUACACUACCUUGAGCGCAUUCCGAGAUUAUAUUUUGAUGAAUAUAGGCUAUCUAUUAUAUUAUAUAUAAGAUAAGUAAGCAAUUUUACUUUUUAUUUAUCAUAAACAUCCUAUAUUUAGUUGUGGAUUCAUCCGUUGUCUUUACGAUUUUUGUUUAUUCGUUAAUGAACAAAAUGUCAUUUGUUUCACAGCAUUAUAGAUAACGUCUUGGUGCUACAAUUUUUUCAUAAAAAGUAAUAGGAAGCUUUUUUUUAAUAUGUUCAUAAUCAAAAAAACUGCCAUAUCGAUAAAUAAAUCUCAAGGACAAUCAUUGAAAGUUGCUGGAAUCAAUUUGGAAACAGCCUGUUUCUCACAUGGACAGCUUUAUGUGGCAUGUUCAAGGGUGGGAAGCCCUAAGAACCUUUAUAUAUUGGCUAAAGAUGGAAAAACUAAAAACAUUUUAUAUAACAAGGCACUUUAGUAAACAAUACAAGCACAUUAGUGUGUCUUCAUUGUUUGUUAAUUUAUUUUUAUUUUUAAAGUUGUGUUUUUUAAUUAGAUUUUUCUAAUUUAAUUUAAAAAAAAACUUUCAUUUUCCUCCAGAGCAGCGCUGGAUAUUUCAGCUAGUUACAAAUAUAACACAAAAGUAAUUUGUCUUCCAGUCAAUAUUCAAUGAAUGCAGCUUUGGCAGCCAUGACAUCCUUGAGUGUGUGUGCACAGGUCUCUAUCAGCUUUGCACAUCUGGAAGCAGUACCUUCUUCCCAUUUUCUCUUUGAAAAACUGCUCAAGCUCUGUCAGGCUAUAAGGAGAUUGUGGAUGAACAGCAUUUUGUCAAGUCCAGUUGCAAAUUAUCAGUUAGAUUGACAUCUGGACUCUGACUCGGGCACUCCUGAAAAUUAAAAUCGUUGUUUUUAAGUCAUUCCUUUAUGCCUUUGGCUUCAUACUUGGGGUUGUUGUCUUGUUGGAAAACAAAUCUUCUCCCAAGGUGUAAGUUUUUUACAGGCUACAUCAGGUUUUCCUCCAGGAUUUUGCUGCAUUCAUUUCCCUUCUACCCUUAGAAGGCUUGCAGGGUCUGCUGCAAAGAAGCAUUCCCACAGUGUGAUGCUACCACUACCAUGCUCCAUGGAGGGGAUGGUGUGUUUAUGAUAAUGCACAGUGUCCAACACGGCAGUUGGUCUGAAACCCAAAAAGCUUAAUAUUGUUCUCAUCUGACCAGAGAUCCUUCUUCCAGCUGGUUUUAGAUUCUUACAUGUGCCUUUGGCUAACUCCAGCUGAGAUGUCAUGUGUGUUUUUUCUUUUUGCCACUCUUUCAUAAAGCUAUAACUGGUAAAACACCUGGGCAACAAUUGUUGACUACAUAGUCUCUCCAAUCUGAACUGCUGUAGUUUGGAACUCCUUCAGAGUUUCUCACAGGGCUCAUGAUGGCGUCCCCCACUUGUCUUCUUCUUGCAUGAUCACUCAGUUUUUGUGGAUGGCCUCUUCUAGGCAGAUUUUGAGUUGCGCCUCCUUCUUUUAAUUUUUUUCAUGACUGAUUUAACUGGAUCUCAAGGGAUAUUCAGUGAUUUGGAUAUCUUCUUGUUUCCAUCCUCUGACAUGUGCUUGUUAAUCACAGUUACAUGGAGUUGCUUGGAUUGUUCUGUUUUUUUCAUUGUGUAAGUCAGGCCAUUAUACUAACUCGCCUCAAGAAGGGGGCAUUUAGACUCCAAUCAACUGAAACCCCAGACACAUGAUUGCUAUUGAUCUCCUUACGUGACUUUUAAAAUCAAUUGGCCACACCAAUAAUGAUUUAGGGAUGUCAGACUAAAGGAAGAGAUUACUUAUGUAUUCAGCUAUUUAAUGUUUUAUAUUUGUAACUAAUUUUGACCACUUUUCCGAGAUCUGCUUUCAAUUUGACAUUUAUGUUGAUCAGUGUCAAAAAUCCAACUUAAUUCAAUGAUGUAUAUCAAUAAAAUAUUAAA